AUGAAUAAGGACGAACAGAAGAAGGAGGAAGUUGUUAAGGCAACCGCCCCCAACGAAUCAGGUGCAAAAAUCAGCAUUAACCCGAAAAAGAGGAACUAUCAGGAUUUGAAGGAAAAUAUGAACAUAAAAAGCGUUUUGGCAUUCGUUCCGCGGAGCGUCCAGAAAAGUACGUAUAAAAGUACGCAAAAGGAUACGCAAAACAAUACGCAUAAAAAUGAGCUUCAACAUAAUGCCUAUAGCAGCGCGCUUACAUAUAAUGUGCAUCUCCCAAGCAGUUUAAAUAUUGCGAGUGUAAACUUGGAUGACGGUGUCCUCGAAAUUGGGAACCUCCCGCUAAGCACCUACAACAUCGUGUCAGUUGACUACGGCUAUAGUUUCAUGGGUCUGUGUGUGCGAUGUAAGAACAAAUAUAUAUACGAGAAAAUCACCACAAGACAUAAGCAUUUAAUUUACAACAAGGAGUUUGAUGUACCCCUCAAGGAAAAUGUCAUUCUGUUUUAUUCCCUGUACUUUAAUGGCUACAUUAAUAAUUUUUUUUCCUUUUUCCAUUACCUGUUCGAAUGCAUAUAUAACAGCAAUGUGAUCGUUCUCAUCGGAUGCAACGGACCGCACAUGAACAUGCUUGCAAGCGAUAUGGGCAGACACCUGUGCUAUUUUAUGAAUGAGGUGAAUGGCGAGAGAAAACCUCCCCCGGGGGACAGCACAAGAAGAAUUCCCUUCGAAGUGAAAAACGAAUUGAUUACAUUCAAAAAUAACAAUAUUUAUAAAACACAACAAGAUUAUUUUGUGGAAAAAUAUUGUAUCAUGUCGGGCAAAGUAAAUCCAAACAUGGAAAACAAAACGGACAAUUAUUUAAACUUCUCAUUAAAAAAUAUGGUGACCAAAGUGAAGGAUCAUAAUAAUACUUUAUUUUCAAAAUUUUACAACAAAAAUUGUGCAGGCAGAAAGGAUGCACUAUCUGCUUGCUAUCUGCUGGACUACUUUUGUAACUACUAUGAAAGUAGUGGAAGUUCUUUUCUGUUGCCCUCCAGGAAUGUCAAUUAUGUAUACCAUGUAAAGAAGUGA